UUAUUUAGCUGUGUUGGUCUGGGCUGUAAUAGAGAAGUCUGACACUCGUGUGGUUUGUUCACCUCUGCAGCUCUGACUGCUGGUUUAUUCAUAAGGAUUUAUUUAUUUAUUAGUUGUUUAAAGGUUUAAUUAGAUAAAAAAUCGUAACGCGUUUGCAUGGCAACCUCUUUAUCAACACAACAGCAUCAGGCACGAGAGGAGGAAUCGGAGAAGGAGAGACUGCUCACCACCGUGACCUUUGACCCCAGCCCCGUCGACCUCAGCGAUGAAGGCCACAGCGUCCGUCCCUCUCUGGACCUCCAGGGCCAGUCCUUGCGUGAAACGGCACAGGACGAGGACUUGGACCUGGCAAAGGAAGAGGCUCUGCGCAGGAAGCUGAAGUACUUCUUCAUGAGCCCGUGUGACAAAUACCACGCCAAGGGCCGCAAGCCGUACAAGCUCGUGCUGCAGUUGCUGAAGAUCAUCCUCGUCACCUUGCAGUUGGUGCUGUUUGGUCUGAGUAACCAGAUGGUGGUGAUGUUUAAGGAUGAGAACACGGAGUCGUUCAGGCAUCUCUUCCUGCAGGACUAUCAGGAUGAUGUGGACGAGUUCGCCCUACACACACAGAGCGACGUCUACCGACACAUCAACUACGCCAUAAAGCAGUAUCUGACUCUUCCUGAGAAAGCAGUGGGCCGCUAUGCCUACGUCAUGGGCUCGGGAGUAAACAACAGUGCCCUCUACCUGUGUCAGCACUACUAUAAGAACGGCACCAUCGACCCGGUCAACGACACCUUCAAUAUUGACCCUCACGUCAUGACCGACUGUAUCGGUGUCGAUCCUCCCACAGACCCCUCAGCUCCUCUCCCUGAACACUACAAGAACUUCACCCUCCAAUUCCACAAGCUGAUCAACGUGACCAUCGAGUUUAAACUAAAGGCCAUAAAUAUCCAGACGAUCAUCAACAACGAAAUUCCAGACUGCUACACCUUCUCCGUCAGUAUCCUCUUCGAUAACAGAGCCCACAGUGGGAAAGUGAAGAUCAGUUUGCGUAACCAGGCCGUUAUCAGAGAGUGCAGGGAUCCCAGCGUGUCUGGACACAAGGAGAACUUCACGCGGGUGGCGUUUGACGUGUUGGUGGCGAUCGUAUGCGGCCUCUCCCUGGCCCUGUGUGGACGAUCCAUACUUCGAGGAAUCAUCCUGCAAAAUGAGUUUGUGCGUUUCUUCAGGCAAUCCCUGGGCCAGAGUGUGUGUUGGGGAGACCGACUGGAGUUCAUUAACGGCUGGUAUUUACUCAUCAUCAUCAGCGACGUUCUCACCAUCAUCGCCUCCUUCAUCAAGAUCGGCAUUGAGACCAAGAACCUGGCGUCCUAUGACGUGUGUGGGAUCCUGAUGGGCACGUCCACGCUGCUGGUGUGGGUGGGAGUCAUCCGCUACCUCAGCUUCUUCCAGAAAUACAACAUCCUGAUUGUGACCCUGAGGGCUGCGUUUCCAAACGUCAUCCGCUUCUGUUGCUGCGCUGCUGCAAUCUACAUGGGCUACUGCUUCUGCGGCUGGAUCGUCCUCGGACCCUACCAUGCUAAAUUCCGCUCCCUGUCCACGGUGUCGGAGUGCCUGUUCUCGCUGAUAAACGGAGACGACAUGUUCGUGACCUUCUCGGAGGUGGAGCGCAGCAGCACAUUGGUGUGGCUCUUCAGUCAGCUCUACCUCUACACCUUCAUCUCACUCUUCAUCUACAUGGUGCUGUCCCUCUUCAUCGCCCUCAUCACCGGCGCCUACGACACCAUAACCCAACAAGCCCAGGAGGCCCCUCACAUGUCAGACCUGCACAUGUUUAUCGCUCAGUGUGUGGACACGCCCACGUCAGGAAAGUUCCAGAGCCCGGAUCCUCCGGAGUCGUGCUCACUCUUCUGCUGCUUUAAAUAGACAGGGAAGAGUGUGUGUGUGUGUGUGUGUGUGUGUGUAGUAUUUUACUUCCUGAUUUUAAACAUUUGGAUGCUGUUCUCAUUGAAGUUUAUUUACAGCGCUACUGUUUGAAAUUUUAGGUUGAAAAUGGUGGAGCUUAAGUUCAUGAUCAGCCAAUCACGUGCCUGAUUAUUAUAGUAUGACAUCAUAGCAGUAUUCGACCUGACGUCAGCCGGCUCACUCGGGGCAUUGCUUAUAAAUAUACGCUGGUAUAACGUACAGUAAUGUAUUAAACAACGGUUCACUGGUUAGUGUCGUGUUUAGAUAGCGGGCUAGCUGAGUUUAGCGAAAGCUGCUCCAUAUUCUAAAAUUAAAAUCAGUAUUUGAUGCUAAGCAUUACCCGACAAUAUGAACGAGUGCUACUUUAAGUGACAGUGUUUUGACAGUUUAAACACCUGGUAGAAGUAGUGAUGAUGUUCCUCAAGAGGGCGGAACACGUAGACGUUUGGUUUGUAGUUCAGUUAAACAAUGCCAUUUAAGUCAGAAAAUACAAAUUAGGCUCCACCCCUUUGGACACUGUGUCACAUUCGUCACCGAGUAAAAGUUGUUGUACAAAGUUAAUGUGAGUCUACACAUUUCGCGCGCACACACUUUUUAUAGCAACAUUUUGGCUUUUUUUAAAUUUCUUUUUCAUUUUCCGAGCUAUCGUGAAUUUUUAAUUAAGUUUUAAUAUAUAAAAGAUGUUUUAUUAUUUUUAAAUUAUUUAUUUAAUUUUAUGCAUCGUACGGAUGUGAAUUGGAUAAAUAUGAAUCCAUUAUUCAGAAUGAACAAAUACAAACCAAGGAAAAGCACUACAUGUUUUCUUUAGACCUGUGUAAAAAUUACACAUCUGCAUCAGGACCGGGGUUUUAAUAAAAAACAAACAAAAAAAAAAAACACGCACAUUGAUGUCAGUAAUGCAUACACACUCUAGUGUAUAUACAGGAUUCUGAGCAUUAAGGCGUAGCCCACAUGUAGAAAGGUAUUUAAAUUUUUUUAAAUUAUUAUUUUAGUCAGGUUGUUUUCUGUGUGUUUGUCACACGUUUUUAUUAUAGACAAGAAAUACUGCAUUUUACUCUUAUAAGGGCAUUGAAUAUGUUUAAUAAUUUUCUCAUGCUCCUGAUUGGUCACUAUGGCUUUAUCAUUAGGAUUAUAUCAUCACCUGCUGGUGUGUUUCUGCAUUUUUAUGUGACUGAAGAAGGAAUUCGGGUCCAUCCAGAAUCCAACCAACAUGUGGACUUGGGUCUAACACUUACUGCACAGUAUAGCUACUCUUAGUGUUUCUUGCCUGUUGGUAAACAAGCCUUGUGUAUGCUCUCUUUACCUCUUUGUUUUCUUUUAUCCCUUUCGUCUUGCGUUCCCGGCCCAGCUUGUAUUGUUUGUUCCUCACCUGACCCUUACUUACUUGAUCAACUAGACGCUAAUUGUGAAUGUAUGUUUGUCUGUGAACAAAGUUUAUUAAACCCUUAUGAAGAACGA